AUGUUUGAAAAUAGAGAUUUAACUGACGAAGAAAUCGAGGAUUUGAAUAACGAAGAAAGUGAUGAUGAAUUGGAUUCAAUUCGACUUCAAUCGGAUGAAUGUCGUGCUGAAACACGAAUUAUUAAUAAAAAAUGCUUUGAUUGUGGGAAUUUUAAGACUAAUUUUGCAUGGUGUCAAUCUUGUGAAACUACUUGGUUCAAGGAAAAAUAUUCAAGCUGGACAACUGACAGUGUGGCUAUCACCUUUGGUAUUUCAAAAGAUCCAGACGGAUCUUUUAUAGUUGUAAUGAGAUUUUAUGUAAAUGGUGAUUUAAAUCAUUACAUUAAAAAUGUCAAAGUUAUUAGCUGGAAAGAUAAAAUCGAUUUAUUAUGGAGAAUUACCACUGGUUUGGAAGUUAUUCAUCGAUCUAAUCUCUAUCAUGGAAAUUUACACGGUGGAAAUAUAAUGAUUGAAGAUGAAUUAAUCUCGGCUGGAAGAAUAGCUGAUAUAGGAAUUCAUGGAUCAAAAAGCGCAUCACAAGAAACUCAUAAAGAUGCGUCUUACACAAGUCGAUUCUUUGAUUUUCCAGAUCUUAGAGGAAAAUUUGGUUUGGAAUUGUUACAUUCAAACCUCAAUAAUACCGAUACUUCGUUGUAA